AUGACAUUCCCAGAUAACCAUCCAGUGGAGAAGUUAAGAGAACAACCAAAAGAAAUCAAAAAAGUACUUGAGGAGCGUAACCUUUGGCCUAAGAAGAAGAUUAAUUUAGUAUGCAAAAAAUGCUCUAAGAAAAAUGCUGAUAAUGAUGAGAAUGAUGAGAUAAGAACGGUAUCUGAAGUUUCAUUAUGA